UUCACUUUAAAGAAUCGGCUCGUUCGUGAACUUCCCAUCACUAGUGCGCACCAGCAGCAGGCGCGCGCUCUGGACGUGAACAGCGGAAGUCAGUCAGUGAGUUAGCACGCGACGGAAAACUUGUUGAACUCUUCGGACUCUAACUCAGUGUUCAGGUCGGUGUACGUGCAGAUCCAAACAUGUCGUCCGGCGCUCUGUUCCCGAGCUUGGUGAGCGGCUCCAGGGGAAGCUCCAGCAAAUACCUGGUGGAGUUUCGUGCCGGUAAAAUGACCCUGAAGGGGAACGUGGUGACCCCGGACAAACGCAAAGGGACGGUGUACAUCCAGCAGUCCGACGACUCCCUGAUCCACUUCUGCUGGAAGGACAGGACGAGCGGGAACGUGGACGAUGAUCUGAUCAUCUUCCCCGACGACUGUGAAUUCAAGAGAGUGAGCCAGUGCACCACGGGACGAGUCUACGUGCUGAAGUUCAAGGCCGGGUCCAAGAGGCUGUUCUUCUGGAUGCAGGAGCCAAAGACCGACAAGGACGAGGAGUACUGCCGGAAGGUGAACGAGUACCUGAACAACCCGCCCAUCCCCGGAGCGCCGGGCAGCGGAGGCGGCAGUGGCCACGAGCUCUCCGCCCUCGGAGGAGAAGGUGGUCUGCAGAACCUGCUGGGAAACAUGAGCCACAACCAGCUGAUGCAGCUGAUCGGACCGACCGGGCUCGGAGGACUCGGAGGUCUGGGAGCUCUAGCAGGACCAGGACUCGCCAACCUGCUGGGCAGCGGAGGACCGGCCACCAGCAGCUCCUCGUCCAGCUCUCGUAGCCAAUCAGCAGCAGCCACUCCGUCAUCAGGCGCAGCCCCCAGGCAGAGCUCCUCUCAGGCUCCCACCACCCCCGUGACUCCUGCUGCCUCAGCCGUCUCCCCCAGCAGCGUUGCUCCCUCCACUCCAGCCUCAGCUCAGACUCCGGUGGUCCCGGCCUCUGUUGGAAGUCCGGCCUCCCACCAGCCGAUCCAGCUCAGCGACCUUCAGAGCAUCCUCGCCACCAUGAACGUCCCAGCUUCUGCUGCUCAGGGAUCAGCUGUGGAUCUAGCCAGUGUUUGCACCCCAGAGAUGAUGGCUCCCAUCCUGACCAACGCCGAGGUCCAGCAGAGGCUCCUCCCCUUCCUGCCGAGCGGGGAGAGUCUACCUCAGAGCGCCGAGGAGAUCCAGAACACGCUCAACUCGCCUCAGUUCCAGCAGGCCAUGAGCAUGUUCAGCAGCGCCUUGGCCUCCGGGCAGCUCGGCCCGCUCCUCAGCCAGUUCGGUCUGCCGGCAGAGGCUGUGGACGCCGCCAACAGAGGAGACGUGGAGGCGUUUGCUCGAGCCAUGCAGGGCAGCAAAGGAGACAAGAAGGAGGACGACGAGGACAUGAGUCUGGACUAGAGCCUCCACUGAUCUUUCUUUUCUUCACCUCCUCUUCUUUCACGUUGUCUUCACCUCCUCUUCUUUCACGUUGUCUUCACCUCUUUAUACCAAAGGCAACUCUCUGCUCAGGUCGGCACAGCUCGUGAACUCUGAGCAGCUUCAGGCUUUUUCUCACUUCCUCUUUAAUAAAAAAUUCAGCAAACAUCAA